CAAUCUGCCCCUCAAAUACGAAUCUCGAAAACAAACCCAAAAAUAAAACUUUGGGCUCCCGCUUGAGCGUGGCAACCAAAUUCAAAAACCCCGCGCCCCCCUCGUCUCCAAAUCUCACCUUCCCCCGUUCAUUUUCGUCUUUAAUUCUCCGAGACGCACUCACUUCUCUGCUUCCCAGACCAACAAUCAAUCAUAUCCAAUGGCCGGAGUUCGCGUCGUCGGCGGCCGGAUCUACGAUUCCGAGAACGGCAAAACCUGUCACCAGUGUCGGCAGAAGACUAGGGAUUUUGUGGCGUCGUGUAAGAAUCUGAAGAAAAACAAUCGCUGCACUAUUGGCUUUUGUCACAAGUGCCUCCUCAACAGAUAUGGAGAGAAAGCUGAAGAGGUGGAGCUUUUGGAGGAUUGGCAUUGCCCCAAAUGUAGGGGCAACUGUAAUUGUAGUUUCUGCAGGAAGAAACAAGGGCUCAAACCCACUGGUCUUCUUGUUCACACGGCCAAGGAGGGCGGGUUUGGUUCUGUUUCGGAGAUGUUGAUGGCAAAGGGACCGGAGAAUUUCGGUAUUGAGAGGAAGGUUGUAGUCAAGGAGGGUGUUGAUGAAAAGGAGAAUUCUGUUGUUCGAAAGGUUGAGAUCGACUUGAAUUUGGCGCCAAACCCUGAGGAGGGAGAAGUCAGGAUAACUAAGAGGAAAGGAUUGAAGGAAAUCCGUAAUGGCAGAAGGGGUGAUUCUAAAGUCUCCAAAGAUGGUCCUGUGAAAUCAAGAAAGAGAAAAAAUGAAGAUCAAAGAGAAGAAUCAGAUGACCCGAAACUGCAAGGUGAAGAAGUUCAAGAUGGAGUGCACAACACUGACGUCAAGAAGAAGAAGAAGAAGAAGAAGAAGGCCAAGGACACAAAACUGCAAGGUGAGGGAGUUCAAGAUGUUGUAACCAACAAUGAUGUCAAGAGGAAGAAAAAGGACACGGACAAUGUCCAGAGUGGCAAAGAGACUCGCAGAGUUAAGGAAUGCAAUAACAAGUUUCUGAUUAAAGAAGUAGAGCCUGAACUUCCUCUGCCUGAGGGCAUUCCCUUGGCAAGUGUCUUGGGAAUCGAACUACCUCCUGAGGAUGCUGGAAAUGCUCUUCAAUUUUUGGAAUUUUGUUCAGCUUUUGGAGAGGUUCUCAAUGUAAAAAAAGCACAUGCUGAAUCUAUACUUGGUGAAUUACUGCGCCAACGAAGUGGGAGAAAUGGACGCCCUGGACAAUACUCCUCAGUUAUUCGGUUUCACAUGCAACUUUUAUCUCUAUUACAGGAGGAUAUGGGAGAGGAGCCUUCAUCUAUAGAUAACAUGAGCCACAAAACCUCAUGGUUCCAAGAUCUGGGUAAAUGCAUCUCUGACUCUGAGGCUGAAUACCUAUUGAAGGAACUACCUUCAGAUUGUUUCAGUAGACGUGGUGCUGGAUAUGAUAUCUUAGACCUCUCUCAGAGGCUUAGACUCUUAACUUACCUCUGCGAUGAGGUGAUAUGCACAUCUAAAUUGAGGAGCUGGAUAGAGGAACAGCAUGAAAAGAUUGUUGAAAGUGAAAAGGAAGCAAGAGGGAAAGUUAACGCGGCCAAAGAUAAGGAAAAACUUCUGAAGCGUAAGUUGCAAGAUGAGGUGGCUAAGCUUAUUAUUGCCAAAAAUGGUGCUCCUCUGUCAAUUUCAGAACAUGAAGCUCUUGUCUCACAAAUAAAAAGUGAAGCAGCUCAAGCUCAUGCAGAGUUUCUUGAAGCAGAGGGCAUAGUGCCUAGAAAGAAACAAAAAAGUGACGUUCUAAGAACAGAGCCUUAUCGUGUGGAUGUUGAUGGCCGCAUCUUCUGGAAAUUGAAGAGUUACAAUAAUGGAGAAGAUAUUGUGCUUCAAGAUAUGGGAGCCUGGGAUGCAGUUGUAUCUAAAGAAGAAUGGUUUGUAUAUGGUGUGGAGACGAAGGAAGCAAUUGAAAAGUACUGUUCUUCUUUAAGGAGAAAGAAGUUCAGCGGAACUGUGUCCCAAACUGUUCCUCGUGAAAGCAAUGAAGAAAACAUGUAGAGAUGGCCAUGACUAUUGCACAUGGCAUUUACUCCUAAUUUCCUUCACAAUUGAAUAGUGUAGAUCAUCAAGACGAUCAAGUGACCAGCUGCUUCUGUCCGAAAGGAAUUCUGAUAGUGUUGUAGAAGUAGGUUCACAUACAGAUUUGCAACUAUUUUGGCUGCCCAAUUGUUUUGCAUAUCUUCCUUAAUGGUAAAGUUUCUUCAGAAAAUCCGAAGUGAUGUAUUUGAUUUGUAACUGGGAGUUGUACCCCAAUAUUUUUUGGGUGAUCUUAAGGAAUUGUACACAAAGGAACCCCAAACUGAUUAGUAAUAUCUGAGUUCACAUUAAAAUUUGCUGCAUUUGUUUCCAGAUUCAU